AUGUCAGGGGCCGCCCGAGCCGCGGGCAAGGCCAUUUAUGCUGCCGAAGUAUUUGUGCCAAAGGGUAGCCUCACGCAGGCGCGGUUCAACCUGCUGCGGGAGAUUUUCGUCGGUACGGCGCUCGGCGUGAGUGCCGGGAUCGUGUGGAAGAUGUAUCAUUGGGGGGAGAAGAAGCGCAUUGCGGAGUACUACUCGGCCCUGGCUAAGAAGGAGCAAGAGGACGAGGCUGCAUACGCGGCGGAGCUGCGCAACAAGUUCAAGCUGCUGGAGGAGGAGCUACUGGCUUAA